UAGAGUUACGAUCUGUUCUCCACAAUUGGCAUUCCAAAUUAAGACUGUCUCAAGGAAGCUUUCAGUUUUUACAGUAAUUGAUAAGAGAAGAGUUCAGUUGUGUGAACUUAAAUAUCUUCUUGAAGGUAUACAGAGAUGUUACAUGUUUGAUUCAGCCAUUGAUGACAUAAACCAAGAGGAGCUUAAACUCAAAAAAUCACCAACAACACUGUCAUACUUAGAUAUACAUAUAACUAUAACGAAUGGGAAAUAUUCCACGGCAGUAUAUGAUAAACGGGAUGAUUUUAACUUCAAAAUUGUAAAUUUAAGUUCCAAUAUUCCAUCAAUGGGGUAGAUCUUGAAGGGCUGCAUCAGUUAAGUUGUGCUUUAAAGCAAACAACAUUAUUUGGAGAAGGGCGGUUACAAGUUAUAUUUUUGAUAAAGUGAAGCAUCAUCGCUUGGCUGCUCACUCUGUACUGUACUCUGGCUUUCAAGAGAGGUAGAAGGGGACGAGGGAGUAGGAGAAGGAGGGAGGGAGGCUGAAAUAGAAGAAGGUGAGGAAGGAGGAGAUGGGGAAGAUUGAAGUGGAGGGCUCGGAGAAAAAUCAUCAAAUACAAAAAAAUCAAAAAUAUCAUACCAUCGACUUUUUGGAUCACAUCCAAGCAAUCAACAUUCUCAAUCACUUCCAUACCUUGAACAUUCUCGAUCACAGCCAUACUAUCAACAUCCUCAAUCACAUCCAUACCAUCAACAAUAAAAAUGUUUCAUACUAAGACUCAGUACUUCAUUUUGUCUCUACCUCGACAUUUUCUUGAUCCAUGGUUUUAACAGUCAACUGACUUCCUUGCAGAUUCACAACAGCUGAAAGUUUUGCAGACUCCAUACCACAUGUACAGCGCAGGCUAGCAGCGGUAAAUACUCUUGAGUAUUGCGCGUGCCACGAUUACGUGGGAACCAUUGUGCGGGAAACAUUGCGUGUGCGCAAAGUUUCUGUAGAAACUGCAGCUUCUUUUUGCCGUCGGAGCAAACUGGGAAGCACAGAGAUGGUUUUUUAUGAACCCAUCGACUGGGACGAGGACAAGUCCCUCUCAGUUGUUCCUAUCUCCUGCAACUCCCGUAGAGUAAGACAACCAAGACAAAGGUUUCAAAGAGCGCUAAAGAAAAGAAAACAAAGAAGGCUCGAGUUCAGCAAUGGAAGUUUGUGGUCAUACUCCUCUUCUACCCACUCCCCCUCUACAUCCACCCUGCAGACCCUGCACUCCACCGGGCACUCCUCUUCUGCCCACUCCCACUCCCACUCCUGUUCCACCCGCUCCAACUCCCACUUUUCUGCCAUUGCCCAGUCUCACUCCUCUUCUGGCCAGUCCCGCUCCCCCUCUUCUGCCCAUUCUGCCCAGUCUCAGGGACCCCUGAUACGACCAUCUCGAUACAUUGAGCUGGUGGAGGGGUUGGGUGUGUUUCUUCCCGCACAUGAGGUACUGGGAGCUGUGACGGAUUCGAAAACAGCCUCCUCACUAAUGAGGAAGCUAAUGUCCCAUCUCUUCUCAACAGAGGAGAUGGCAACCUCGUCAGUGAGGGAGAAAACGAAGAAGGCUUUAGACAAACAGAAGAUGGAGGCCAUCAUAGGGUUUGCAAUAAAUAAAUAUCCGGCGGCUACUUCAGAGUACCUGAUAAAUCAGGCCAAUGACAAGCUUCAUGCAGAACGAAAGAAGUUCAGCCUGUUGUAGUGGGCUAUCAUUUGCCUGGCGUAUUAGGUAGUCAGAAGUAGCUAGAUCAUUAUCACACAUUCAUGUAUGUAUGUUUUAUGUAUUUAUCAAACUCUAUUUACGAUUUAUGUAUCAUCUCAAACUCUCUUCACUCUUUUAUGUAUCAUCUCAAUAUUCACUAUUAUGAAUAAUUAUUAAUAUACAGCAGCCAUUUUGCAAAAUGUUAAACAAGAUUGAAACGGAA